CACAGGGACAACUUAACCUUACCUUUUACCGUUGCUAUGAUGUGGUAAACUUUAUGAAAGUAAACGACGCUGAGGUUAUGCAAUUUUCAGUUUGAUGGUUUCAGGUUUGAGCGGGCUUUAAAAUGCAAACUUCAGGGAUACAACCUACGGGUAAUGUAAAAAAUUUUUUGAGAACAACGUUCAAAUGAAAUUUUCUGAUUUUACAUAAAAAGAGUCUGAAUUGGUACUUGUGUAUGUACUACAGCACACUGGACGGUGUGUCUAAUCAUUGCUCAUCCCGUGAGUGUAAUACAAGUGAGGAGCUGUAUUGAAAAUAAUUCAUGUGUUAAUAAUUACGAAUUGCAUUUGAUGUUUUGAUUCUAGUAGGUUGCUUAAGUUUGACGGCAGUGAAUAGUGAUAAUGUGUUCAUGUCAUUUUCCAGUUGCCACCAUGCUGUGGGUGGUACUUAUAAAACCUUUUACUCAUUCUCCCCGAUAUCAACUGUCAGAUGUGCAGAAUUCUUUGGGCAGUGCUCAAAUAGUGGAUGGACUUUAAAUGUACACCUUGCCAUAUAGUGUGGUAUUGGAUUCAGUAGCAGAAAUGUCAUCAAAUGUUGGUCAAGCUUCAGGGAUACUGGCUAAUAACAGUACGAGUUCUGGAGGACACUUUUUCCACAGAGGAGUACAACAGUCACCAGUGUUCAAUCCCUUGAUUUCUAACCAAGGACAAUCGCUGUAUAAUGGCGUGUUCAGCACACAAACAGGAUAUACAUCACAAAGUUCUUUCUCCACAACCAAUUUCAGUACUUACAGUCAUGUAGAGCCUCACCCAUGGAUGUCUGAAACUCGAGUUAUGCCUGCAGUAAACAGUACUUUGCAGCAGAUAGAAAGGGACAGAGGUAGCAGAGCUCAGUAUAGUGAGAAAACCGUAUCAUGUAGUGGUCAGAGUCUGGCCCAUACAUGUUGUGGUAAUAGAAUAGGAAUUGCAGAGAAUAUUGGCAUGUGUUCUCCUGUUUCUGCAGAAACCUACAGAACAGUAAGCAAAGAACUGUUAAGCAUACAGUCUAAAAGUAAUAACAGCCUGGACUCUCAGGGCUGGUUCUGCAGCCAAGGCAUGAUAGGGUAUGGAAUCCAACAGAAUCAAAACACCCCACAAUUACCAUCAUGCUCUGUUUCACAGAUAAACAUGUUGCUUCAGGAGCAGCCUGAACAUAAGCAUUCAUCAGAUUCUUGUUUUGAUCAUUCACAAACUCAGAGUUCAAACACAAAUAAACAAAGUAAUCAGUGUUCUAAUAAUGGUUUAGUGAAGUCUGAUUGUAUAGAGCAAAAUAAGGAACAAGGAAUCAAAUACUGUAAUCUUCAGAAAGUUCAACAAAAUGGACAACCAAUUGAACAUACUCAGCUGCCUGUACAACUAAAACAGCAAGAGCAGAGUGGUUACGUGGGCCACUCUUCACUGUAUGGUCCUGCAGGUGAACUCCAUGAGGAUAUUCUCUAUUCUCAGGCAUCUCUCGUCCCACACUCGGGCAGUGACGGUUCUCACAAUACUGGACGUUUUCAGGCCCACUUUAUUUCUUCAAAACAUCAGAACACUCUGACAGAUACCAUGUCACCAGUUCUACAGCACUUUCAGGAUCAUGGCCGAUGUGGCCUGGAUGCAGGAAUACCAUGUGAUGUGAUGGAUAGCUGUCUGCAGACAGACAUAAAAAGUGUGAAUGUGUCAUCUAGUGCUAGCUGUUGCCAACUGUCAAUGGAGCCAGCCUGUAACCAGACAGUAUUUGGUAUGCAGAGGUCAGCUGUCAACUAUCAGUCAAACUGUAAUUCUUCUGUCACUGGUGGAGUGCAGUUAUGUUCAAGUACUCAUCAGCUGCAGAUACAAUUCAGUGAGGCUGAUGGCAAGGAAAAUAGCAACCAGGAGUCCUCCAGUGUCACUGGUGAGAGUGACAUCAUUGUAGAAGAGACUGAAGAAGAGAUGACGGAGAGUGAGAUUUCUAUCGAAGAAAUAAAAGGCACUGUGUUUACACAGCAAGAACCUGCCAGGUGCUUGGUAUGCAGCCUCUCAGCAAAUGCCAACAAUCAGUUUAUCCACAUGCAAGGCAACUCACCUGUGACAUCAGCAUCUCACAUUCCUGUGGUAACCAAAUUAGCACAAGUAGUAUUAGACAAUCAAACACAGAUUAUUAAACUUCAAAAUGAUUUCAUAUGCAGACGAUGCUUCAAUUUAAUUGACACAGUUGACUGUUUGGAGGCAAAAUUAGCUGCCCUAAAAAAGGAUAUAAUACAACUGUUUGAAACCCGGCUUAUCGCCUUAAAAGCUCUUGAAAAUUGGAAAGUAAACGAUCUUACAGAAAAAAAUGUGAAGGACCCAAAACCCAGUGAGGAUGUACCUUCAUCUAAAGACCUACCAGUGGAUACUUCACAAAAUAUGUAUAUAGAUAAAUUAGAUAAUAUUGCAGUCAAAUCUUGUGAAAAUGGGGGAAAAAUAGAUAAAGAUAAUGAAGAUAAAAGAAGUAAAAAUUCUGAUGAAAAAGUACUAAUAGAAUAUGAGAAGACCGAUAUUGCUUUUGAUAAACAAAAUGCAUACGAUGAUGGCUCCACAUCAGCAUGUGAUAACACUCUUGAAGUGGAAGUGGCAUCUCAUGUAAAGUUUCAAUGUGAUAUCUGCAGUAAGUCAUUUGCAAACAAAGAAUAUUUAACCAAGCAUCACCAGCAGCAACACACCAAACAGUUUAGCUUUUGUUGUGAUCAGUGUGGGAAGGGAUUCACCUUGAGGCGUGCACUGGAGAACCACCUGUUGCUGCAUGCUGGGGAGUUCCGUUACCAGUGUGAACUCUGUGGUAAGCUCUUCAUUCAGCGUUAUUGUUUGGAUGAUCAUCUGCGUAAGCAUGAGGGCCGAUUUCGUUUUACUUGUCAGCAGUGUGGGAAGGGUUUUAUGUGCCGUAACUCACUGCACAUUCAUACAAGGACUCACACAGGAGAGCGUCCCUUUGUGUGUCAGCACUGUGGUAAAUGUUUCAGUUCCAGCUCAAAUCUUGUGGCUCAUAUUCGUGUGUGUUCCAGAGACCUGCCAUUCAGUUGCAGUCAGUGCACCAAGAGUUUUGCUCUCAUGGCGCGACUCAGGGCUCAUGUUUUGUCGCAGCACGAAGGGCAAUACCGAUUUAAGUGUGCAGUGUGCAGCAAAGGUUUCACAAAGGAUUCUGAUCGAAAAAUUCAUGCACGGUCACAUUCAGGGGAAAAGCCCCAUAAAUGUGUUAUCUGUGGUAAAUGUUACAGUAGUAUAGGGAAUCUGAAUCAGCAUGCAAAGCAGCAUGAUCGGGAGCGACCUUUCAAGUGUUUGAUAUGUGGCCAAGGUUUCUUGCGCCGAGAAACCCUUGCUGGUCAUAUGAAUCAGCAUACUGGUGCUCGUCCAUUUAGUUGUGAUCUGUGCAACAAAACAUUUAUGUCAAAACGAAACCUGUAUGCACAUCAUAAGUGGCAUGCAGGUACCAUCAAGCGCUACACUUGUACCAUAUGUGGAAAAUCAUUUAACCAUGGUUUACAGGUCCACAUGAGGACCCAUUCAGGUCAUAAACCUUACACAUGUUCAGAAUGUGAUAUGGCCUUUACUGUUAGAAGUACCUUAAGCAAACAUGUAAAAAGCAAACACCAGAAAGCUAUAGGCAUACAGUUUGAAAAGCAAUCUUAAUAUGUAAAAAAAAAAAGUCAUGCUUUGUUGGGUUACUGAUAUGUUGACAAAUGUCAAUAACACACUUAAUGAAAGUUGUUCAUUUUAUUUAUU